CAACGGAAUUUAAUAACUAAUCUUUACGUCACAAAAUUAUUUAGUACUACAUCGCACCAAAUGGAUAAAAUUCAUAAUGUCACUUUACUUGAAGAUGAAGUAAAACGGGUAUUACAAAUUGAUAGAGAAAAUAGGGAAUUGUUGCAAAGACUUAAUCAAAUUUAUCGAUCAAAGGCUAAAACUGAUUGUUGGAAUACCCAAAUAUAUGAAGUGUCUGAUAGAGAUAAAGAUGGAAAAAAACGAAAUGAAGAAAGAAUCAUAAGAGAAAAUAAAGAAUUAUAUCAGCACCUUCAACAAAUUCGCUAUGGUAAACCAGAAAUGGAUUCGAAAAAUAAAAUAAAUAAAAAAUUGAAUAAAAAAAAUCUGAUAAAAAAUAUAUUGACAACUAAUCGACCAAAAUGUUACUUUGAUUUAAAAGUAGUGGAAACGCAACAAUCUUUAGGAAAAAUAGUUAUGGAACUUUAUGCUGAUAUUCUCCCGAAAACAUGUAAAAAUUUUUUAUCAUUUUGCGAAGGAUAUCAUGGGAAAUCUUACAAGAAUACUCCUUUUCAUCGUAUUAUCAGAGGCUACUUGUGCCAAGGUGGAGAUGUAACGAAUUUCAAUGGAAGUGGAGGUACAUCUAUUUAUGGGGAUUCUUUUGAGGAUGAAAACUUUCAUUUUAAACAUACAACAUGCGGAAUUCUAUCAAUGAGUAAUUCUGGAAAAAAUACUAAUGAUUCAAAAUUCAAUUUGACUUUUAAAAAACUUGAAAUUCUCGAUAGGAAAAAUGUUGUUUUUGGAGCAGUUAUUUAUGGGCUCAACAAUUUAAUGAAAAUUGAAUAUUUCGGAACGACAACUGGUAAACCAAAGAAUCAAGUAAUAAUUUCUAAAUGUGGACUGUAUUGAAUAAAAAGUAACUGGG